AUGCGACCCGUCUUCACGCUCUUCGGCGACUCCAUCACGCAGUUCUCCUUUGGCCCCGGCGGCUGGGGCGCCGCGCUGGCAAACGACUGGCAGCGCCACGCAGACAUCCGGCUGCGCGGAUACUCGGGCUACAAUACGCGCUGGGCGUUGCAUCUGUUGCCGCAUCUAUUCCCGAGCGGCGGGCGCCCUGAGGACACGCCCGCGCUGGUCGUCGUCUUCCUUGGAGCGAACGACGCCACGAGGCCGCCGCCCCUGAGGCUCCAGCCAGAGCAGUCGAGCCGACAGCACGUGCCGCUCGAAGAGUAUCGGCGCAACUUGGUCUCCAUCAUCGGCGCGAUCCGCGAGUGUGGGGACGGCUCGGCACGCGUGCUGCUCCUCAGCCCUCCGCCGUGCGACGACGUCGCGUGGGCGCAGCACUGCUCGACGAC